AAGAGCGGCCGGCAGUGACGUCGCAGACGCCGCCAUAUUGAAAUGUUUCCCCUCUCCUCUUCUUCACUGAGCUCAACAGCAGCCAUCAGCUCUCGCUUUCCAACUGGAGACAGGGACAACAAUACAGACAUGGAGAUAGACACUCUUCUGGAAGCUCUUAAAGAUUUUGACAAGAAGGUGAAGAAAGAAUCAUCUCUGGUGUUGGAUCAGUUUUUGUGCCAUAUUGCAAAAACUGGGGAAACCUUGGUGUCCUGGUCUCAAUUUAAAAGCUACUUCAUAUUCAAACUGGAGAAAGUAAUGGAGGAUUUCCGAGCAUCGGCCCCAGAACAGCGAGGGCCUGCCAACCCCAAUGUAGAAUCUGUUCCUUUUGAAGAAAUGAAGGAGAGAAUUCUUAAGAUAGUCAAUGGGUACAACGGGAUCCCAUUCACCAUCCAGCGCUUGUGCGAGCUGCUCACUGAACCUAAGAGGAACUACACAGGAACAGAGAAAUUUCUCAGAGGGGUAGAGAAGAAUGUGAUGGUUGUCAGUUGCAUUUAUCCUACAUCUGAGAAGAACGGCUGCAGCGGUGUCAACAGAAUGAAUGGAGUCAUGUUGUCAGGGAACACAUCUGCCUUUACAGAAAGGAAAGUAAACGGUCCAGGAACACCCAGACCAUUAAACAGACAGAAACACUCCAUGUCCAGUUCACUGGCCACAAAUGGCCUUCCGGACAGUACAGAAAACAGAGAGACAAACACAGCACAAGGACACAGCAAAUCGGCCAGUGAUGCAUCUGUAUCAGGCAUCGGUGGGCCUCUCGGCAGCUCUGUAAAGAACAAGCACUUAGAUGACGAGGAAGAUGAGGGAAUGGAGGCGGAGGAACAUGAAGUAAAAAGACUGAAAUUCAACAAGGAUGGUACUGAUGAAGAGGAGGAUGAAGAUGAAGUAGACGAACAGGUUGUCGAUACACCAAGAUCUACAUCAACUAAUAGCUCCUCAGAUAAAUCAGAGGAUGCCGAAUCGCCAUCAUCCAUGUUGCAGGAGGGGAGUGAAGAAGAGGAGGAAAGUAAACCUCAUGGUUCAGCUGGAAGCUCUGAGGACCAAGAGCCGUCCAGCACACAGCCAGAGUGUCCCGUGGCAGAUUCCAGAGAGGCUUUUACUGAGAGAGAGGUUCCUUGUGGCUCUGACGACUCCUCAGAAGAGCCCAGCGAUAUGGACCAAUCAGAGCAGAGAGCCCCAGCAGGCAUGGCCUCUAGCCCUGAAGUGAGAGAAGGGGAGGAGCCAAGCGAGCAAGUCAGCAGCAGUAGCACUGAUGAAAACGCCUCUGCACCCACAUCCAGCAGCAGCAGUAGCGUAGAGUCACCCACAGAGGGCGACUCUGGGUCAGGGGCCCUGGACUCAGAGAGCGCAGAGGAGGAGCCAAUGGAGCAGGACUAGAAGCCUGCAGACUCCUAGCCUAAACAAUAACUGCGUGCUUUUGUGGAGAUUAAGACGACACACACUUAAGUGGCCUUCCACAAAGGCCAUCAGAAGCAACACCCAACCUACCGCCAUGCGCCUUCUGGUCGAAAGUCCACCUAACUUCUCCAACCUUCCCAAACGGACACUUUAUGCAGAUGUACAUAUGAUUUUAUUGCUGAAGUGAAGGUUUUAAACUGUCUUUUUUACAGUUUUUUUUUCCUGUAAUGUCAUCGGUUUCUGGCAGUCUGUUUUGUCACUGAGCUUACAGCAGUUUGACUGAAGUUUUUUUGAUGUCUAGUAAUCACACUGUCAACUGACAUCACUAAAAAGCUAAUUAUAGAAUCAUUCAUGGUUAAAUACAAGUUAAACACUAUUGACACAGCUGUAGUUACUACAGGAAAUGAUUCCAGCUCAUAGCUCAGUUAGAAAAAGCAAAAGUGGAACUUUUAUUUAGCCAUGAAUAUUGCGUUUAAUAUUUUUGUCUUGGUUCAAGAGAGUUUAAUCCGUAUCCAGUCUUGUUCUAAGCUUUAGGUCAGCUAGGAUGUGUCUCCUCUGCAUUGGUGUAUUAAUAUUUUAGUCACCUAGUGUCAAAGCAUCAGGGCAUUGGAGUUUAUCGUCUUGCUCUCCUUGAAGACCCAUAAUUGGCUGCUGUUCAGGUUACGUUCCAAGCAAAUACAAGCCAUAGCUAUCUUUGUUCUGUUCAAUGAUUCAAGCCUAGCGUAACAUUGUUUCUUACUGGUUGUGUGUAACUGACGGGAUGUAAAAUCUCUUUUCUCACUUUUGUAUUCUUGUGUGGUCUGCGCUGCAUUGAAAGUGAGCGGUUUAUGUCAGGUACAUUUACCUCUUGAUUCGAACUGAUUUCUUGAUUCACGUUAAUUUAUACCAGCAUUUCAAUCUCCUAUUUUAUUAAAAAGUUGUUUUUGUUUUUUUUGCUGUUUUGGCAGGUGGUUGUUGACUGCUCUGACUAACUUGAUUACAAAUGUCAUUUGUGGCAGUCCAACCCCAAGUUGUCCCACCGAUAACAGCUAGCUGCUGUUUUGCAGCUGUGUGUUUUUGAUAUUUAGAAUUUUUAAAUUUCUGUAAAGUAGUGUUUUGUAGAGCAUUGUGUUCACUGCCUUUGGUGCAUCCAUAUAUAAUUGUAUAAUUGUUUUUUUUCUUUUUUUUUUUUUUUGGUGUAUUACUGAAUGCGUGUGGUUUCAAUACAGUAUUCAGAUGAAGCAAUAAAUGUUAUUGUUUUAAAUGUUUAGAA